GUAGGGGCGACGUAGCAAGCGCUGGCUCCAGUAGUGGUCAGCAUGCCAUCCAUUCCUCAGCUUCUCCUCUUCUUGGCUCUCUGCUUUCUUGGAGGAUCCACGGCAGUCCAUGGCGACCACGAUCCGCCGGAGUUCGGUAAACCUCUAUGGAACUCGACAUACACGGAUCAACUUAAGAGAGAUCUCUUGGCCACCUACGACAAGUUCGCUCGGCCUGCCCAGCACACUAAUAUGACAACCGUCACCAUAGACCUGGGUCUGAAACACGUUCAUCUUGAUGACAGCAAAUCUUUGAUGACGGUCAACGCUUGGGUCAAACUUAUGUGGCGCGACGAGAAGCUGCAAUGGAACUCGAGCGAUUACGGUGGCCUGAAAGAGCUCCAUUUGGCAGACCAUGAGAUCUGGCAGCCUGAUGUGGUACUAUACAAUAGCGCCUUGGGCAACAACAUAGACCACUACGGUAAUACGCACUGCAUCGCCACGCCAGAGGGCAAGGUAAUGUGGGUCCCGCCAACUCAGUUCGUCGUCUUCUGCGACAUGGACCUCUCGAAGUGGCCGUUCGACAGACACCUCUGUUCGCUGAGGCUCGGGUCUUGGACCUAUUCUGGCGAUCAGGUCGACUUGCAGAUCAGCAAAAUUGGCGAGAUUGAGGCAUCUAUAAAAACAAUGGAGGUGACUGAGUGGAACGUGGUCGGAGUCUCGAAGAGGCGAACGUCAUCAUAUUACGAAUGCUGCUCCGAACCGUACGUCGACGUAACUUUCAAUCUGACUGUGGAGAGGAGAUCUCCUUCCUACAGGGCAAUCGUCAUUCUGCCUGCUAUGUGUACCAUCCUGCUGACACUAAGUCCACUCUGGCUCCCACCUCAGAGCAAGGAGCGGUACUUGCUAUGUGGAAUUACAGUCAUUCUAAUCGCCUUGUUUCUUGUCUACUUCAGCAUUCGCCUCCCUCUCAUAGGACCCAGUACGCCACUGAUUGUGAUGUUCUAUGCCUCCAGUCUUAUUAUGGUCUGUUGCACGGUAGUCCUGACCGUUGUGUGCUACAACGUUGUGCUGUCGCAGGUUCGAUUACCGAGGGCUGUGAUAGAUCUUCUUAGGGGAAGGUUAUCCAAAGUGCUGCUAUUGCCAACACUAAGGGUGAAGCCCAGUUACGAUGAAGAUACAAGCAGUACAGGGGAAGAGUUACGAGAUUACGAAGGUAACAAUGACGACAGGAUGAUCUUAAGUCGGAGGAAUCCUCAGGAAGGAUGGAUCCUGGUCACUGCGGCUUUCGACAGGAUAUUCUUCGUCGCAUACCUCGUCGUAUUUGGUUCCUUAAUGCUGAAGGCCGUCUUAUAACCUGCGGUCAAUGUUCAAAUUAUGAAAAUAAGAGAUGAACGAGUGUCAUCAUGUAUAUAUAUUUGAAUGUUUAUUCAAAAUGAUUCUUGUAUGUGUUCAUAUAAAAAAAUGUAAUGUUAGUAUUAUAAAUUUGUAAAUUAUUUAAUUUAAAGUUCAUUCAAAAAUUUAUAAUUUAUACUUAAGUUGAAACAUUUCAAUUUAUGAACAUUUUAAAACAUCUAGAUCUUGCUUUAUCUUAACAUUUAAGGUAUGACAAAUUCAAUUUCAAAUUAGUUAAUAUCUUCUCAUUGUUUUAUUGUGUUACUGUAAAAUACAUAUCGUUAAGUUAAAGAUUACUUUUAAAUUAUUUUAUCUGUCCUUUAGAAUGUUUAUUAUACCCUUUGGACCCACUUAAGUUAUUAAACAAACAAAAAAUGAAAUUAACAUAAGAAAAUUGGAUUAAGUACUUCCAAAUUUUAAUUCUUUUCACUAAUUAUUGAAAAUGAAGUAAUACCGUUGAUUCGUUUGUUAACUUUGUUCUAAAAAAGAAGAUUAUGCAUGUUUAUAUUAUAUUAUUAAGUAAACUUACAUGGUUGCUUCUUCAUAUCUGCUUAACAUUUUUCAGCUUUACUUAAAACAAUCUGCAAAUCUUGAUAACUUCAUUCAUAUUUUACUUUUUUUGUUCUCAUCCUCGCUUCUAUUUUUUUCCUGAAAAAUAAAAGGACAGAUAUGUUAAUAAAUCUUAUGUAUAAAAUUAAAUUAAGUGUUUUGUAUUCAAGAAACGAUAAAAUGUCAAGUGUUAGCAAAAAAGGAGAAUAGGGACACUUGCUGGUUUCUCAGUAAUGUUGUUGAAAUAAAAUGCAAUAGAUUAAAACAUUAACAAAUUUAAUAUCAUUGAUAAAUAGUUGAAAUUAUCUUAUUUAUAGUUAUUAUUGACUAAAAACAAUAUGGUUAUGAAGUUAAGAAUUGCAAUUACAUAGUCCAGUAACCUUGUACAUCUUAAGUUGCAUCAAGCGGUGAUAAAAUAUUCUUUUUUUUUUUCUUAAGAUUACUUCUGAAUAUCUCCAAAAGAGCUAUAAUUUUUAUUCUAUAUUGCACUUUUCUCUUCUUCCCCCCAUUUUAACCAGAAAGGAGCACGUUUUUGAAAAAAAACACUAUAUACAUUUUUAAACUAGAUACAUUUACAGUAAUUUGAGACCAG